AUGGCAUUCCAGGGUCUGGAUGAGAAUCAUCAGGACCUGGAGGAGAUACUUGCUCCAUUAAAUGUUGGGAAGAGAGGAAGCAAAAUCCUGGUGACUGCCCGAAACAAAGAGGCAUCUCUAGGUGCUAAGAGGCUUAUUUCAAUAUCUGAUCUGGAUGAGGAACAAUACUUCUUAAUGUUCAUGCAUUAUGCUUUAGACAGUACAAUUUAUGAUGAUCGAAAAUAUAUACCAAUUGGGAGAAAGAUUGCUAAAAAGUUAUGCCGUUCACCUAUUGCAGCAGUAACAGUGGCAGGUCAGCUUUGGAGAAACCCAGAUAUCAGUUUUUGGGAAACAGCCGCGAGACUUGACAUGUUGAAUAAGACCAAGGGAGCUCUAUGGUGGAGCUAUCAACAACUCGAUGUGGACGUUAGGCGAUGCUUUGAAUACUGGAAUAUUUUCCCAAGAAGAUAUGAGUUGGAACGUGAUAAGCUAGUUCAUAUGUGGAUUGCGCAAGGCUUUGUGAAGGCCAUUAAUGCAAGAGAGGAGGAGAAUGUAGAAGAUGUGGGUCAAGACUACUUUCAUGACUUGCAUUCAUGUGCAUUUCUCCAACUAAAAAGGAAGACAAGUUCUGACUUUAGUUCUGGAGAGUACUUCACGGUUCAUGAUUUACUUCAUGACUUAACUGAGGCUGUUGCUGGGAGUGAUUGUGUUAGAAUUAAGAGAGGUGCUGUGGGAAAAAUUCCUAAAUAUGUUCGGCAUCUUUGCAUUGAGUCCUACAGUGAAACUGUAUUCCCGGAGCAAAUUUUGGAGUUGGGAAACUUGAGCACUCUAAUCAUGUGCUACUCUGUCAAUAAGAUCAGUCAAGAUGAUUUUAAGCGUGUGCUCAUGCGACUAAGGAAGCUGCGGGUGGUGCAAUUGGACAUGGAAUGGUUGCACAUGAUCCCAGCCUGUAUCGGUCAACUUAAACAUCUACGCUACCUUGGUAUUUCUUCACCCCCUCCCAACAGUAUAACUUUGCCAGCUGAAUUUACCAUGCUUUAUCAUCUACAGGAGCUCUCUGUUCCACCAAACACUCUUUUGCUUUGUGACUCCAUGGAUAAAAUGGCUAACCUUGUCAACUUGCGUCACAUGGUCUCGUGGUAUGGGUUCAACUUCCCAAAUGUUGGAAGGCUUGCAUCGCUGCAAUCUCUUUAUCACUUUUACGUGAAAAAUGAGAAGGGGUAUGAAAUACAACAGCUGGAGCACCUGAACAACCUUCGAGGAAAACUUUUCAUCGAAUGCCUCAAAAUGUUAGGAGCAAGGAGGAAGCUCUCCAAGCCAGGCUAG